UCCGCCUCGAGUCUCGCAGCCCUGUCGGGAUGAGACAUAUGGCGGGGAAUGCGCAUAGAGGAGCAACACCAAGAUUCAGCUCCCGGCCGUGACCGCUUGCUUUUAUUGGUACAUCAUUUAUGCGUGUUAGUACGCUGGGAUAAUAUAGUUUUGUAACCAAGUAAUAAAGAGAUGACGUAGAUAUUUUCCUGAAAUAUUAGUCUACAUUCAACCAGAGCCCAGCACUCACAUCAUCGCAGACACUCGAGGUUACCAUAAGGAGAUACUUCUUUCCCGGACAGAAGUGAAAUGCGCCCCGGACGUCGCAAUCCGAGAAGCGCGGUGGUGAUGAAGAUCGCUCUGCUUAUCUGGGAGCUCAGCCUGGCCAUCAUCAUCAUCAUCUCUUCUCGUGCGCAGAUGUGUGCAGGCCAGUUGGAAAAUGCCUACUUCCUUCCGGAAUUUGCGCUCUCCCCCCAGGGGAGUAUCCUGGAGGACACGACCGGCGAGGAGCUCGUGACGUAUCGCUAUGACGAUCAGGCCUCAAGGAUGACACGCUCAGACGAGGACGGCGAUGGCGGCUGGGACGCCUGGGGAGGCUGGAGCGAGUGCUCCCGGACCUGCGGGGGCGGAGCCUCCUACUCGCUGCGCCGGUGCCUCAAUGGAGAAAGCUGUGAUGGGAGAAGCAUCAGGUACCGGACGUGCAGCAACACCGACUGUCCCGCCGAGUCUGGGGACUUCCGAGCCCAGCAGUGCUCCGCCCACAACGACCUCAAGUACCAGGGCCAUACCUAUGAGUGGGUCCCGGUGACCGACCACCCCCAUGCCCCCUGCGCCCUCAGGUGUCAGGCACGGGGUACAGCCCUGGUAGUGGAACUGGCCCCCAAAGUAUUGGACGGGACUCGCUGCAGGGAGAGCUCACUGGACAUGUGCCUCAGCGGGGUCUGCCAGGAGGUGGGCUGUGACCGCCAGCUCUGGAGCGGCGCCAAGGAGGACGGCUGUGGGCUGUGCGGGGGCGACGGCUCCACAUGCCGGCUGGUGAGCGGACAGGCGUCCCUGCACGUCACGGCGGAGGAACCGCUGAAGACUGUGGUUGAGGUUCCUCUGGGCAGCCGCGGUGUGGGGAUCACGGCCAAAGGAGCGGGCCUCGUUAUAAUCGAGUCGCACAGUCUCUCAGGGCACAGAGAGCUGCGCAGUUUCGACUCCCCGGGACUGUACACCAUCGAGAACACUGCUGUGGACUUCCAGAGGGACGCCGACAAGCAGAUGAUAAUGGCCCAUGGACCCCUGAUGGUAGACUUUAUUGUCAAGGUCAAGUCCACGGCCCCAAGUGACUUGCUGGUCCACUUCACGUUCUACCAGCCCAUCCGGUACCAGUGGAGAGAGACGGGCUUCUUCCCCUGCUCCGUCACGUGUGGUGGAGGUUAUCAGCUCAAUUCGGCCGAGUGCAUGGACAUCCGGCACAACCACACCGUGCCGGAGCAGCACUGCCGCGGUCACCUUGAGGCCAGGAAGCCAAAAGCUAAGCUGCAGGAGUGUAACAUGGACGCCUGCCCAGAAAGUGACGGCUUCAAGGAGGUGAUGCCCUACGACCACUUCCAGCCCUUACCGCGCUGGGAGCACAGCCCCUGGACGGUGUGCUCGGUGUCCUGCGGCGGCGGAACCCAGGAAAGGGGCGUGGCCUGCGUGGAGGAGGAUGUGCAUGGCCAGGCGACCCAGGCGGAGGAGUGGAAGUGCAUGUACUCGCCGCGGCUGGCUGUGCAGCAGCACUGCAACGUGUUUGACUGUCCCCAGUGGACGGCCUUGGACUGGUCUCAGUGCACGGUUACCUGUGGGCGUGGCUUGCGUUACAGAGUGGUUCUGUGCAUUGAUCACAGAGGGCAGCACGCCGGGGGGUGCAGCGCUGGGCUGAAGCCUCCCGUUAAAGAAGACUGCCUGGUUCCCGUUGCGUGCUACAAGCCCCAAGAACAGCUUCCUGUGGAAGCCAAGCUGCCCUGGGUGAAAGAGGCUCAGGACCUCGAGGAGCCGCGGUCUGCCUGGGAAGAGCCCAUGUUCAUUCCUGGGCCAUGGCAGCCCUGCAGCGCCACCUGCGGGCCGGGCCUCCAACAGCGGGCGGUGCAGUGUCGGAUCCUGCUGGCCUUCUCUCAGGCCGAGGCGGACCUGCCGGAUGAGGAGUGCCCGGAGGAGAGGCCCGUGUCCCAGAGGGCCUGUCACCUGAGGCUCUGCUCUGGGGUGCUGAGCCCAAGGUGGCCCCCGCACACACUCUAUGAAUGGCAGUACGUCGGCUUUGCCGGCUGCUCCUCAUCCUGUGCCACUGGGAUGCAGGAGGCGAUCGUUAGGUGUGUGGACAGAGGGCAGGGGGAGCCGGCAGAUGACUCCUUCUGUGAUGCUUCCACGCGGCCCCCAGGGACGCCCCGGUCAUGUAAUCUCGGCCCCUGUCCCCCAGGGUGGGAGCCCAAACCCUGGACGCCCUGCACCGCCACUUGCGGAGCGGGGAUCCGCUCACGGGUGGUGCUGUGCAGCCGACUGGUGUCGCUGACGCCUCGCGUGACGGUCACGGUCGCCGACGAGGAGUGUGUGGAGUCCAAACUGCCUGUGUUGCAGUCCUGCAACCAGAGAGACUGCCCCCCCUCCUGGCAUGUGGGGGAAUGGCAGGAGUGCUCCCACACGUGUGGUGGAGGAACUCGGUCCCGAAAGGUCCACUGCAAACAGCUGCUCCACGACGGGGGGGUCAGGAAGCUGGCAGACACCUCCUGUACUGGGACCAAAGCCGCAGUCCGGGAGACCUGCGGCAGGACAGACUGUCCCGCUCAGCUGGCGGGGGCGGAGUGGUCUCCGUGCUCUGUCAGCUGUGGCAUUGGGAUCCAGACCAGAGAGCCCGUCUGUCGCAGGCGGACAGCUGCAGGGCAGCAGGUCACACUGGGUCAGGCUGCCUGCAGCGGCCUGCAAGCCCCGCCCCUCGUCCGGACCUGUCGUGUGAGCACCUGCGUCGGGCAACAGGGAGAGCAGAAGCCCAAGCCGUCCCAGAAGCGAGACCCGUACAUCCUGGCUCUGCACCGCAUCUACAUCCAAACCCAGCAGGAGAAGCGUGUCCACUUCACCGUGGGGGGCCGGGCUUAUUUGCUCCCUAGGACCUCUGUGGUCAUCAGGUGCCCAGUGCGUCACUUCCAGAAGGCCCUCAUCAGGUGGGAGAAGGACGGGCGGGCUCUUCCAAGCUCUCUGCGUGUUGCCGUCACCAAAUCCGGCUCCUUGAAGAUCCACAGCCUAGAGGCUGGGGACAUCGGGGUGUACCGCUGCGUGGCCGGGCCAGCCGUGGAGACCUUCGUCCUGAAGCUGAUCGGGAACCGUAACAGGCUGCUUGAGACAGGUGUAGAAGCUGAUCCUCAGGGUGAGCAGCUAGAGGAGAAGUGGAACCAGACAAAUAUGAAGUGGCAGGUCGGGAACCGAAAGAAUGAAUUCUACCUGGAUGAUGACCAUAGUCAGGAACGGACCUUCCUGCAGGUUCUAGGCAGGUCCCUGUCCAGCUCGACUGCUUCAGGUCGCCCUGUGCAGGACAAAGUCCUUCAAGGCGCCUACAGCUUGGAGCCCGAGCAGUUCGAGGAGCUGGUGAGGAGCCUUGGUCAGCUUGUCGGGCACGGGGACGUGACCGAAGGCCAGGUCUCGCAGUUGGUACGUGAGCUUGCGCCCCAGAAACCCAGGCCCCGGUUUGAGUUGGGGGAGGACGGUACCACGAAUACCAAGGCUUCCGGCAAGAACUCGACAGAAGGUGCCAGCGAGGGGAGCACCGGGAGACGUGAGAAGCCGGUCAUCGUUCGGCAGAAGCAGCAGCUCGAAGUAACUUUUGAGAAAACCGUCAACAUAAGUGUCGGGGGAAGCAUGUUUCUGACCAACACCACGCAGAGUGUGUCUCUGUCAUGUGCAGUGCAGGGAGAGCCAAAACCAUCAGUCUUCUGGAUCAAGGAUGGAGCUCCUGUACAGCCUUCAGAAAGGGUAUCGUGGGAUAGUGCUGGAGUCCUGCACAUCUCCAAACCCGGCGUGGGAGAUGCGGGCGAGUACAGCUGCACGGUCACCAAUGAGCUGGGCUCUGACACUGCAACCUCCCGGUUGCUGUUUGCUGAACCCCCAACAAUCAGAAUCACCUCAAGGGACAUGUCUGACCUAUGGGCCAUUGUGGGGGGGCAGCUCAGUGCUCGUCGCGGGGCCAACAUCACCCUGGAGUGUCCCGUCACAGGUGUCCCGCAGCUUUCGGUGACCUGGAGCAAGGAUGGAGGUGACCUGCCCCCAAAUGCUGUCCCACUGAGGAGAGGCUCUUUACUCCUCCACAACGUUUCCAUGGAGAAUGUGGGAUCCUACUUAUGCUGGGUCUCCAGUCCGCUGGGGAGGUCCGUAGCCUCCAGUCUUCUCCUGAUGUCGGGGGCCGCCCAGGGUAGGGCAGAGCGGCCACACAGGAGCCAGAAGAGGGUGCUGAUGGCCUCUCCUGAGGGCACUGAGGCCGUUGUCAGACGCGGGGACAUCUUGCGGAUAGGGUGUCCAGUCCUCCCCAACCACACCCAGGUCAUCAGGUGGACCUUCCAGAACCGCACCCUGCUGGUUCCCCACAGCCCGCAGCACAGGAGGCUGGCGGGGGGGCGGGUGCUGGAGGUGAACACGUUGCUGGCCAAGUCCAGCGGCACUUAUGCCUGCCAUGUGCCUGCAGGCCACCAGGGGGCGUCGGCCUGGGUUCGUGUCCACCUGGAAGGCUUGACCUGGAGCCCAGGGGAGUGGACUGCCUGCAGCGCCACCUGUGGGUCAGCUGGGACCCGCUCCUGGAAGGUGCACUGCGUCGGCCCCAGGAGAGAGGAAGCUCCCCCGUCGGCAUGCCAACACCUCCCCAGGCCUGAGAGGAGGCCUCAGCCCUGCAAUGUACAGGACUGUCCGCCGAGUUGGGGGGCCACGUUGUGGUCUGGCUGCUCCAAUCCCUGUGGUGGUGGAACCCGGCACAGGCAGGUUUCCUGCCAGCAGCUGAGCUCUUUCGGCACAGUCACAGUCCUCGCUGACUCCGCCUGCUCUGGAACUCCGCGUCCUCCCCACGUCGAGGGAUGCCAUGGACACUCCUGCUCAGGCUGGUUUGCGGGCCCCUGGGAGCAGUGCUCCGGACGGUGCCUAGGCCCUGCCUCAGCGAUCCAGAGCCGGCCAGUGAUUUGCAAGCAUCACAACGGCUCCACCCUCUCGGAAUCUCACUGUGAUCACAGGAACAGGUUAGCCUCCACGCGGAACUGCACGUCCGAGCAGUGCAAUGUGCAGUGGAGGGUAGGGCCCUGGAGAGCAUGCAGUGCAGCCUGUGGCAGCGGGAUCCAGUCACGCAGGGUGGAGUGCAUCCACAGGAGGACAGACAGGACCCUGGCGGAGCAGCGCUGUGGGUGGCGGCGACGGCCAAUCACAUGGCGGCAUUGUGUCAUCACUUCCUGUGGCGGUGAAUGUGUAGAUUCGACCCAUUACUGUGCUGCCGUGAAGGAGCUCAGCCUCUGUGUUAUGAAUCUCUACCAGCAGAGGUGCUGUCGGUCCUGCCAGGGGAAGGAGACUCUGCCCAUGCAGUGACAAGAUCUGGGAUUGGUCGAGGCACUAACUGGACGGCCAAUGAAAAUGAUGGACUAAUGUUCUGCCACUAACAUCAGCGCUUGUCAAUAAUAUUGUAUAUAUGAGGUGUACGUCUUUUGCGUCUGUUUUGGUGAAGAGAGACGUGAUUUUUUUUUAGAGUAUGACAGAGGAUGACCUAAGCAAGAGGCCUUGACUGAUACUUCCCAGAUGCCUUUAAUGUCUCCCUCACGUUUGCUGGAUGGUCUGAUGAACUUCCUGCAUCGCCAUCACACCUGUGCCACGGUGGUGGUGUUUUUCAGUUCACGGUAACAUAAUCGUGUUGUUUAUAUCUGCUGCCAACUUAAUGCUCUCACCAUAGCAGAGGCUCAGCGCCCAAAGCUCGUAAGCCUGGCUUGAUAUUAUAGUGGAGUUCAGGUUGAACUGGAACUACAGUACAACAGCUGAGUUCCUAGUGAAGCAGCAACCUACAGACAGACACUCCAGGAUCAUAACCGCUAUGCCACCUGUUGCCCAUGGUAUUUGAUGGAGAUGCACAACAGGGCAAUGUAUCAAACCCUGUGAGAUGACAGAAAAUGGUUGAACCUCUUUGAUUAUGUUAAGAAAGGCAUUGCAAGAAAGUUCUGUAUUAUAGAAUAUAUUUAGUAUUUCACAGCAUUGUUCCUAUGCCUGUAUAUAAUGUUUGACAGUACAUUGUAUAAAUCGCACUGCAAAAAAGUAACACAUGGUCAAUUUUUAACGAAUUAGGUCCAAACAUUUGCUAAACUAAACACAGAAGAGAAAAGGGCCUGUGGUUAUGUGCUGAAUUUUAAAAAGUGUUUUGAAAUGACAUUCCUCUCCUGGAAAAUCUUCCAAAUAGGCACCAAAUCGUUCACUGCGUGUCUGGUUCAGUUCCUAUCAAGCUGAGGACGACGUGCCUGGUGGGAAUCCACGGUGGUUGCAGCUGUGAACUGCCUGAACUUUUUUUGUGGACACGGAGUAUGUGAGAGAAACUUAUUUCCGUGCUUUACAGAGAUUUUACAAACUAAGAUGAAUGUUAAAAUGUAUUCUGGACAAAUCAAGAAAGUGAAUAAUGUCUCUCGGUAUUUCUGUAAGAGACAGACUGUAUGCGGGAUGUCAGAAAGGUGCAAGGAUUUCAUCCGGCCACCAGGGGUCACCCUCACUGGCAGCUGGUGCUUUCCUAGUAAUGGCCUUGUGUCCUUUUUUCAGUUGUGUUUCAAAACCUGCCUUUUAUAUAGGACUCUUAAAAGUGCAAUAUUGUACCCUGUGUGAUAACUGGCACUUUAUUUUCUUAUAACCAAAACCUGAAGAUCGCUGUAUCUUUCUGCCCUGUAUCUGAGAUUUAAGCACCUUCCGAGCGGAGUGUGACUUCCUGCUUCCUGGGGUGUUUUCCUGGCCUGAACUUUCUGUUUCUGCUUCUGAUUAGCAGGCUAACCUGCUGUUAGGCGCUGGGUCCUGUCAGAGAAACUGUGUUAACAAAAUAAAGACCAUAUUACCACCAAAUCCACUACAAACCUUGUAUACGCUCUUUAUUUUUAAUACUCUCCAAUAGCAAUUUUUCUGCAUGUUUUAAAAAAAAUAUGUGAAUACACUUGUGGUAAUGAAUUCAUAUCCCACAUUAUUUAAUUCUAAGCUUGGCACAUAUUAAGUUUUCCUUUGAAUAUUUCAAUACGUAAUGCUGAAACUGUACUAAACGUUUGUUCUCAUUAUAAACAUGUCCAAAUAUAAUACAGAAAGAUAAAGAAUGGUGUUUGAGUAAAAUCAAUGCUGUAAUGCUGUAAUAUGUUGCAACAAUACUUCCUGUAAAUAAAGAUCGAUCUGUUGAUGUUUUUCCUUUAA